GGACUUCCAAUGGAUGCCCCUUCCCCCAACCAGUCGAUUGUCGAAACCGCAUUGCAACGUGCUCAUGGCACAAUUGCUGGAUUACUUGCACACUGUAGUACCAGCUCCGUUGAUGGACGUCGGAGUAGAGGUUGUCGACCUUCACGACUAUGUUGCAAAGAUCGACCGCGAGUUCAAGACACAACGGUACGACGACAUCGACACGCCAUUGUUGUACAUACACAUUCAGAUCGGGGAAGCGACCUACAACGCUUUGAUUGACUGCGGAGCCACUCGCAACUAUAUCAGCCAAGACUUUAUGCUUCCAUCACCCGAGGCGUCAUCGAGGAGAUGGGUGUGUGUUUUCUCCACGCCCUCCCGCCCCAUGACAUCAUCGACGGAUGCGUCGAUGGAUCCACGCAUCACCGAGCUUCUCGACGCCUACGGGGACGUGUUCGAAACCCCGCACGGAGUAGUAUCGGAUCGGCCCAUCCGCCACGAGAUCAUCCUCGAGGCCGGGGCCGUACCUUCGCGUGGUUGCAUCUACCGCAUGAGCGAGGAAGAGUUAAGUGUGCUAUGGGCACAACUCGACGACUUUCUUGAGAAAGGUUGGAUUCGGCCUAGCUCUUCGCCAUACGUCGCUCCCGUUCUCUUUGUCCGGAAGAAGAACAAGGACUUGUGGUUGUGCAUCGAUUAUCGCAAGCUCAACGUGAAAACCGUCAAGAGCGUCGGCCUUCUUCCGCGCAUCGACGACCUCCUCGAACAGCUGGGCGACACCAAGUUCUUCUCCAAGCUUGAACUCAAAUCGGGAUAUCACCAACUUGAGAUCCGGCAGGAGGACCGGUACAAGACCGAGUUUAAGACGCGAUAUGGGCAUUUCGAAUGGCUGGUUAUGCCUUUUGGCCUUACGAAUGGCCCGGCCACAUUCCAAGCGGCUAUGACAACGGAGUUCCGACACAUGCUGGAUAGAUUCGUACUCAUCUACCUCGGCAAUAUCUUGGUGUACAGUCCGAGUUUGGACGAGCAUGUGGAGGACCUGCGCACCAUUUUGGAACGGCUACGACAAGCCAAGUACAAAGCCAACCGCGAAAAAUGCGAACUCGCGCAGCAAGAGCUGGAGUACUUGGGACAUUAUGUGACACCGCAAGGCAUCCGUCCGCUCACGGACAAGAUUGAGGUCAUCCGCGUAUGGCCCGAGCCCACCAACACCACCGACGUUCGCUCAUUCAUGGGGUUGGCAGGCUACUAUCAACGCUUGGUCACCGGAUACUCAAGGAUCGCCGCACCAUUGACGAGACUACAAUCGCCAAAGGUGCCAUUCGUAUUCGAGGACGACGCACGCCGGUCAUUCCAAGCACUCAAGACGACCAUGCUCAUGGCACCCGUCCUUAGCAUCUACGACCCCACCUCGCCAACGAGAGUCACGACUGAGGCAUGGGGGCAGUCUUGGAACAACACAACAACGACGAUUGGCACCCCGUGGAGUAUUUCAGCCACAAAGUGCCUCCCAUCCACUCACUUGAUGAUGCGAGGAAGAAGGAGCUACUCGCGUUCGUGAUGGCUCUCAAGCGCUGGCAGCACUUUCUCCUUGGGUGUCAUAGGUUCACAUGGGUCACUGACAACAACCCGUUGACCUACUACAAGACCAGGAUACGUUUAUCGACGAAGCAAGCCCUACAACCACAAUCCCUAUGGGGAGUUGCGCACCUAUCCCACGGGAACCCGGCCUCUCCAUUGCCAUGGAAGUCACCGGCCCGUUUCCCCGCGACCGUUUCGGGUACGACGACAUCCUCACGGUCUUUGACCGCUUGAGUAAAUACGCGCGACUUCU